AUGGGUAAAAAAACCAAAAAAACCGCUAAAGGGCGGUUGGAUAAGUAUUAUCAUUUAGCCAAAGACCAAGGUUAUCGUGCUCGAUCUGCCUUUAAGUUAAUUCAGUUAAAUAAAAAGUAUAAUUUUUUAGAAAAAUCAAAAUGUUUAAUAGAUUUAUGUGCUGCACCUGGCAGUUGGUUGCAAGUGGCUAAUAAAUAUAUGCCUUCAGCGAGUUUGAUCAUUGGUGUUGAUCUAGUUUCCAUUAAACCAAUUUCAAAUGUUAUUACAUUUCAAGAAGAUAUCACUUCUGAAAAAUGUCGAUCAAGACUUCGAAAUGAAUUAAAAAAUUGGAAAGCGGAUGUAAUACUUCACGAUGGUGCACCAAAUGUUGGUAUAUCAUGGUUGCAGGAUGCUUUUUCUCAAUCAGAAUUAACAUUAAAAGCACUAAGAUUGGCAGUUGAAUUUUUGAAUAAAGGAGGAACAUUUUUGACUAAAAUUUUCCGUUCCAAAGAUUAUAAUAAUUUAAUAUGGAUAUUUAAGCAACUUUUCGGAAAAGUAGAAGCAACAAAACCUGCUUCUUCUAGGAAUGUUUCUGCAGAAAUUUUUGUAGUCUGUCGGGAUUACCUUGCCCCCAAGAAAAUUGAUCCCAAAUUUCUUGAUCCUCGUUCAGUUUUUCAGGAUAUUGAUGUUGGAUCUACAAAUAAAUCUAUUGAUAUUUUACAUCCCGAAAAAAAGAGAAGAAAUAGGGAUGGUUAUGAAGAUGGUGAAUAUCUAUUAUAUAAGGAGAUCCCGAUAUCUGAAUUCAUUAAUUCUGAUGACCCAAUUAAAAUUCUUGGUUCCGCUAGUAAAUUAAAAUUUGAUGAUAAAAUUAAAGAAUUAUUAAAUCAUGAGUUAACAACGGAAGAAAUCAAAGCGUGUUGUGAAGAUUUAAAAGUUUUAAGUAGAAAAGAAUUUAAAAGUCUUUUGAAAUGGAGAAGUGCUUUCCGAAAACCAAAAUCCGAUAAUAAUGAAAUUAAUGUUAAAACUGAAAUGAAAAUUGAUGAAAAACAAGAUAUCCAAGAGGAACUAUAUAAACUCACUGAAGAUGAACGAAUUCGUCAUAAACGGCUUCGUAAAAAAGCCAAUGAAAAACGUCAGAAAAAUAUUACAAGGAUGCAACUUAAAAUGAUUUCUCCAACUGAUAUUGCAUUAGAUAAUGAAGGAGGUGCUUUGAAGAAAAUACGUAAAGGCGACAUGAAUGUGAUUCUUGAUCAAGGUGACAAUCAGGAUGACGACAUAGUCAUUGAUAUUCAAAAUAAAGAUCAUCAAAAUGGACAUGUUGUAAGUGAUGAUAUAACAUAUUUAGAGGAAGAACUUGACGAGUUGUAA